AUGCAAGAGCUGGCGGCAUCGACAGCAACGCCUAUGCGGUGGCGCAAGACGUUGGGGACGGCAAUAAUAGGCGCCCGACACUCGCCAGUAAACCCCAUUACUUCGGAAGCGACAGCGAAGCGUGCGUUGCGCACUUCUUCCCUUCGCGGCUCACGGGUGCGUGUGCAGUCAUCCUCCUCCACCAAUGCCGUCGCGGCCUCGCCCUUCCGGCUCUUGGAGGAGGCGCUAUGGACAGAGGUCGGACACCUCAACGAGGCCACCCGCCGGCUAAGGGAGCGGCUUGUUGAGGUGAAGUGCGAGUUUGUUGUGGAACGCAGUGCAGCUGCCAUGCGAGGGGAAUCACUCUCUGCAAAGGGCCGAAAAAAUGGCGCAUCUGUGUAUCUGCCGAGGCCGCAGCCAAUGGAUGAUCCGCCCUACGCUGCCUCUUUCACCCCCAGUUGUUCUCACAAGAAGCCCGCUACCAAUGUGCGCCUACGGUUUACUUCACCACGAAAGACCCCACCGAGGGAGGGCGACGACAGUGUGUUGACAUCGUUGGGGACGUUCGCGUACACUCCACAGACGGAAGAUCAUCGUGGGGCUGCCUGCGUGGUGGAGAGGGAAAACUCUAUGGGGGAGGUGAAACUUGAGCCGGUGUCUGAGAAGGGCACACCUUUUCAUUUAUUUAGUGCGACUACGAUGGGAAGCCCACUCGUUGUUGAUUUGCAGGAAUCCACCCAUCAUGCGACAACUAUGACUCCUUUCGAACCAGUAGAACCCCCAAAGGAGGUAAAUUUGACCCGUAAGUCUGCCAAGGAUCUGCUUUUGCGGGCAAACGUGAUGGCUGUCGAAGAAGAUCUAGAGCACUACGUGGCUGAUCUUCGCGCUCUUCAGCGCGACACUCUUGAUGCACAAAAGCGCGGCCGCAUAGAUCUGAACGAAGCGUCUGUUCGUGAAUUGCGCCUCGGCAUUCGCGACGAACUCAACGCAGCUCAUGGUUACAUAUCGGCGCUGAAAUCCAUUCAGUUGUAUUGCCUUCCGGAUGAGCUUGGCGUAGGCGCCAGUUAG